AUGUGGGAGGAAUAGCUGUUUCGGACACGAUUACGUAUUUCCGCUUUCUGUUAGCUAGCGGGUAGUUAGCAGGCCAACAACAACAACCGGUCGGAUAUUCAGAUUAUAUUCAAGGACUUGUAACUGAGCUUUAAAGGUGAUCAAGGCAAAGUUCAGUCGCUGGAAGCUAAGGUGGGUAAAGACAUUUAGUAGUCCUCCGCAUUGGAAGAGACCAUUCUGUUGUUCCAGCCCAACAAAUCUGGGCUAUGUGCAAGGCACCGUAAGAGGACACUAACAGAUGGUGUAAAACAUGGACCAGGGUGUUGCCGGCAGUCCUGUUAUCGUUGUCAUCAAGGCACCCAACCAGAAGUAUGAUGACCAGACCAUCAACUGCUUCCUGAACUGGACAGUGGAUAAACUAAAAACCCAUAUCUCACAUGUAUAUCCCAGUAAACCGGUGAGUAGGUUAUCGCUUACGUACAGUGAGUUUGGUCUCAGUUUUCAUUUCCCUUGAGGUCUGUUCAGAUCAAUGAUGUGUAUAUAUAAACAUUCAGAAAUAUAUUGCAUAAUAGAUUAAAUAAAAUAGAGCAUAGAGCCAUGUCCACUCUGUGGGAUGUCUUUAUUCUGAAAUGCACCUCCCUGAUGAUUGGCAUUUUAAGUUUGGAGGUUACAGCCAUCUGGGACAACUUGUCCCUAUCCCUGAAACAUUAUAAAGGCAGACUAUAAGUAGCACAAAUGUCAAACUGCUACUGACUUCCCACUGGGCAAAAACUGGUUGAAUCAACGUUGUUUCCAUGUAAUUUUCAUGUCAUUUCAUCCCCCCCAAAUCUAUUUGAUUACUUUUCAUUAACGUGGAAGAUGAAUUGGAUUUGCAAAAAGUAAUCAAUGUAAGGGCAUUUAGGAGUUUUUUCACUCAAGUUUUAACCUAAAUCCAAUGACAUGGUAAAAUGUUUUGUUGAUUUCACAUUGAAUUCAUUUUAGUUGAUAACUCAACCAAAUGUAAAUCAAAACUAGAUGUUGAACUGAAGUCUGUGCCCAGUGGGUUAGGUCUACUUCUCCCUCAAGUUUCCAGGGCUGCAUUUGGAUGAACAAUUACAGCAGCCAUCAUUGAGGAUUCUCUGUACUACAGAGACAUCCUUAGGUUGGAGUCAUUAAAACUCGUUUUUCAACCACUCCACAAAUGUCUUAUUAACAAACUAUAGUUUUGUCAAGGCGGUUAGGACACAAGUAAUGCAUGAAACAAGUAAUUUUUCCAACAAUUGUUUACAGACAGAUUAUUUCACUUACAAUUCACUGAAUCACAAUUCCAAUGGGUCAGAAGUUUACAUACACUAAGUUGACUGUGCCUUUAAACAGUUUGGAAAAUUCCAGAAAAUGAUGUCAUGGCUUUAGAGGCUUCUGAUAGGCUAAUUGACAUAAUUUGAGUCAAUUGGAGGUGUACUUGUGGAUGUAUUUCAAGGCCUACCUUCAAACGCAGUGCCUCUUUGCUUGACAUCAAAAUUGUAGACCUCCACAAGUCUGGUUCAUCCUUCCAAACGCCUGAAGGUACCACGUUCAUCUAUACAAACAAUAGUACGCAAGUAUAAACACCAUGGGACCACGCAGCCGUCAUACCGCUCAGGAAGGAGACGCACUUGAAAGCCAAAGAACACCAUCCCAACCGUGAAGCACGGGGGUGCCAGCAUCAUGCUGUGGGGGUGCUUUGCUGCAUGAGGGACUGGUGCACUUCACAAAAUAGAUGGCAUCAUGAGGAAAGAAAAUGAUGUGGAUAUAUUGAAGCAACAUCUCAAGACAUCAGUCAGGAAGUUAAAGCUAGGUCGCAAAUGGGUCUUCCAAAUGGACAAUGACCCCAAGCAUACUUCCAAAGUUGUGGCAAAAUGGCUUAAGGACAACAAAGUCAAGGUAUUGGAGUGGCCAUCACAAAGCCCUGACCUCAAUCCUAUAGAACAUUUGUGGGCAGAACUGAAAAAGCGUGUGUGAGCAAGGAGGCCUACAAACCUGACUCAGUUACACCAGCCUGUCAGGAGGAAUGGGCCAAAAUUCACACAACUUGUUGUUGGAAGCUUGUGAAAGACUACCUGAAACGUUUGACCCAAGUUGAACAAUUUAAAGGCAAUGCUACCAAAUACUAAUUGAGUGUAUGUAAACUUCUGACCCACUGGGAAUGUGAUGAAAGAAAUAAAAGCUGAAAUAAAUAAUUAUUCUGACAUUACACAUUCUUAAAAUAAAGUGGUGAUCCUAACUGGGAUUUACUAGGAUUAAAUGUCAGGAAUUGUGAAAAAUUGAGUUUAAAUGUAUUUGGCUAAGGUGUAUGUAAACUUCCGACUUCAACUGUAAGUGACUGGAUGCUAUGUGACCUGAUGCAGGAGUAGGCUAUAAGUAGGUUAUAUAGCCUAGUAGUCCAAUACUAAUUUGAAUUGAAGCCUUUGUUUAAGUGAAUGUUUUUCAAUGUGUGUAUGCUUAAUCCUAUUAGUUGGAGAGAGAAACAGAACCUAGCUCGGUUUGCUUUGAUGUGAAUGAUUCACUUAGUAGUAUAGGUUUAUAAACAGUGUUAUGUGUUUAUUGACCUAAUUUAUUUGUCUGAAAAAAAGACUGCAGAAUACUGACAGUCUAACUAGCUUCAUUUUAGCUGAAUUCACCAUCACAUUUUCUGCAUCUGCAUCCUGUGUACCCCUGCAAUUGCUUUUUGCUACACAGUGAUGAUUUCCUAACCGGGAUAAACAUCUGUUUAAAUGUAGGCCAACACUUUUGAAUUCAUGUUAUGUCAUAUUACUAAAAUGGAUAGCCUAAUAUCUGUGAUGUGAAAACCUAUUACCAAUGGAGAUUCGAUUUUAAAACCCAUCACCGCAUCCGAAAGAAUGUCAAACCACAGUUGAAUAACCUUUAAUAACUCUAGGGGGAAAAGAGAGGUGGGAGGAGGAUAAAGCAAUAAAGAAAGGUUGUGCUGAGCCUAUAUUUGAAAAUAUUAUUGUCUUGAAUGUGUGUAGAUUUGACGUCAGGCUGGAAGGAGGGCAGUGAGAUUCCUUAGUUCUCUGAUUUCGUUACGGUUCCUGCUCAGUAAUCACUGUAAACACAAAGCACUCUUGUCUGGUAAUCUCAGUCUGUUGUGUGUUCUCCAACUUCUCUGGUUAGUGUCAUCUAUCUCAUCACUGUUUACCAUAAUAGUUUUAACCAGGUGACAGAGCCUUCUUUGUUAAAGCUGCAAUAUGUAACUUUUUGGGCUGUCCAACCAAAUCCACAUAGAAAUGUGAGUUAUAAAUCUGUCAUUCUCUUUGAAAGCAAGUCUAAGAAGCGGUAGAUCUAUGUAUGCUAUUUCUAUGCUUCCCGGCGCUGUCAUAUACCCUACUACAGCUUCUAUGUCUAGCCUAAUCCUGUCACAGGGAUGUUUCUACCAUUGUAAUCCUUUUAUUGCCUAAGUCCAAACAGUGUAAAAAAUACAAAUCGGGAUGGAAAAACACAUUAAGUGUAAACUUAAAUGACUAAACAUCAGAUCAAAGGACACAUUUCCACAGGUUUAACGUUCAUUGCUCGUGUUUCUUGGCCCAAGCUAGUCUCUUCUUCUUAUUGGUGUCCUUUUAAUAGUGGUUUAUUUGCAGCAAUUCGACCAUGAAGGCCUGAUUCAAGCAGUCUCCUCUGAACAGUUGAUGUUGAGAUGUGUCUGUUACUUGAACACUGUGAAGCAUUUAUUUGGGCUGCAAUUUCUGAGGCUGGUAGCUGUAAUGAACUUAUCCUCUGCAGCAGAGGUAACUCUGGGUCUUCCUUUCCUGUGGCGGUCCUCAUGAGAGCCAAUUUCAUCAUAGCGCUUGAUGGUUUUGAAAAACGUUCAAAGUUCAUGAAAUGUUCCGUAUUGACUGACCUUCAUGUCUUAAAGUAAUGAUGGACUGUCGUUUCUCAUUGCUUAUUUGAGCUGUUCUUGCCAUAAUAUGGACUUGGUCUUUUACCAAAUAGGGCUGUCUUCUGUAUACCAUCCCUACAUUUACAUUUUUACAUUUUAGUCAUUUAGCAGACGCUCUUAUCCAGAGCGACUUACAGUUAGUGAAUACAUUUUUUUUUUUUAUACUGGCCCCCCGUGGGAAUCGAACCCACAACCCUGGCGUUGCAAACGCCAUGCUCUAUCAACUGAGCUACAUCCCUGCCGGCCAUUCCCUCCCCUACCCUGGACAACGCUGGGCCAAUUGUGCGCCGCCCAUGAGUCUCCCGGUCGCGGCCGGCUGCGACAGAGCCUGGAUUCGAACCAGGAUCUCUAGUGGCACAGUUAGCACUGCGAUGCAGUGCCUUAGACCACUUAGACCACAACACAACUGAUUGGCUCAAACGCAUUAAAAAGGAAAGAAAUUCCAUAAAUUAACUUUUAAGAAGGCACACCUGUUAAUUGAAAUGCAUUCCAGGUGACUACCUCAUGAAGCUUGUUUAGAGAAUGCCAAGAGUGUGCAAAGCUGUCAUCAAGGCAAAGGGUGGCUACUUUGAAGCAUCUCACUUUUUUAGUGACUACAUGAUUCCAUAUGUGUUAUUUCAUAGUUUUGAUGUCUUCACUAUUAUUAUACAAUGUAGAAAAUGCUAAAAAUAAAGAAAAACCCUGGAAUGAGUAGGUGUGUCCAAACUUUUGACUGGUACUUGUCACGAGAAUUUCUAUCUCUAAUAGUUAAACUCAACUGUUACUCAAGCUUUGAAUAAUUCCCAGAGGUUGUAAUACUCUAGUUAAUAAUUAAUUAAACAAAGUCCCAUUUCUGCAAUGAAUCAGUUUCUUUAUUCAUGAGAGCUCUGCCGCUAAAAACACACACAGCCUUUUUAUAUGCGUCCACACAAAGGACUUUGCUCCGCCCACCUUUAGGCGGCCUGUGAUUUUCCACAGUAUAGAAUGUUUAAGUUUAGCAGUUUCUAGGUCUCCUUCCUUGUUGGAAUGUUUAUGUUUGACAGUUUCCAGGUCCCCUUCCCUACAGUUCACACAGUUAUACAGUAUCGGGGUGGAAUAUUUUAGUCAUUACAAUAAAGAUACAAAUUCAUCUAUCAGUACUGUAUAUAUAUUUUUAAAUAAUCUUUGAGAACUAACAAUCACCAAAAUAAAAGCAGUGUGGGAGAGUAAAAAAUAAAUAAAAUAAAAUGAAUUUAGCAGGAUUUAUUUUGUUAUGUUUGAGCAAAAUAACACAGCCUUUUCCAUGGCAAAAUGCAUAGAAUUGCAGGAAACUAGCUUUAAAACUGCAACAUUUUCUCUCGGCUCCAUGGCAGAAUAUGUAGAAUCGCCUGAAAUUAGCUUUAAAACUAAAGAAAAAAAAUAUCUCAGCUCCAUGGAGAUUUGUGCAGAAUAAAAAAAAAUAUACAGCACCAAGAUGGGGGCCUCUAAAAUGUUCUCUACAAUGUAGCCGUCGACGGCGCUCAUUGCCACGCCCACCAUCUAAGCCCCUUUUUGAUCCAGAAGUAAACCUGUGUCAAUCUGAUGAACUAAACUGCCCUAUGUAGCUACUAGCUAGUGGUGUGUAUUUGGGCCUUCCCAGUUACCUUAGGAUCAACCUUUUGAUCUUGUGAUCUCCAAGUACCAUUUGUCUAAGGCUAGUCUCGCGUUGCCAUCCUUCUAAGUCUCAUCCAUCACAGUCUGGGAGCUGAGGCUAGUCUAAAAUAUUAUAUUCUAUUUAAUUAAAUCACUACUACUUAUAUGUUCUUAUGCAAUGUAAGCAAGUGAAAGGGAAUCUUCACCCAAAGUGAAGGAAAGUGAAAGGAAAACCACUGUUUUCAGGGGUUAUCAAUCAAUCAAAUGUAUGGUAUAAACCCCUUUAUACAACAGCAGGUGUCACAAAGAGCUUUACUGAUACCCAGCAAUGCAGAGCCAGAAGCACAGUGGCUAGGAAAAACUCGAUUGAAGGCAGGAACCUAGGAAGAAACCUAGUGAGGAACCAGGCUUCGAAGGGUGGCAAGUCCUCUUCUGGCUGUACUGAGAAGAAAUUUAAGAGUACAUGUGGUCAUUAAGUCCAAAUUGUUUUUCAAGGCGUUCAAACGUUCAUAGAUGAGCAGCAGGAUCAUAAAUAAGCUGUUCUAUAUUCUGAACUGUCUGAUUUUUAUUGUAGAGCUCCAAAGACCAGAGGCUGGUGUAUUCUGGGAAGCUCCUCUUGGAUCACUUAACACUGAAAGAUGUGCUCAGAAAGGUCUGUCUGCUGCAUUCAUUUUCUUAUACACUGCUCAAAAAAAUAAAGGGAACACUUAAACAACACAAUGUAACUCCAAGUCAAUCACACUUCUGUGAAAUCAAACUGUCCACUUAGGAAGCAACACUGAUUGACAAUACAUUUCACAUGCUGUUGUGCAAAUGGAAUAGACAACAGGUGGACAUUAUAGGCAAUUAGCAUGACACCCCCAAUAAAGGACUGGUUUUGCAGGUGGUGACCACAGACCACUUCUCAGUUCCUAUGCUUCCUGGCUGAUGUUUUGGUCACUUUUGAAUGCUGGCGGUGCUUUCACUCUAGUGGUAGCAUGAGACGGAGUCUACAACCCACACAAGUGGCUCAGGUAGUGCAGCUCAUCCAGGAUGGCACAUCAAUGCGAGCUGUGGCAAGAAGGUUUGCUGUGUCUGUCAGCGUAGUGUCCAGAGCAUGGAGGUGCUACCAGGAGACAGGCCAGUACAUCAGGAGACGUGGAGGAGGCCAUAGGAGGGCAACAACCCAGCAGCAGGACUGCUACCUCCGCCUUUGUGCAAGGAGGAGCAGGAAUAGCACUGCCAGAGCCCUGACCUCCAGCAGGCCACAAAUGUGCAUGUGUCUGCUCAAACGGUCAGAAACAGACUCCAUGAGGGUGGUAUGAGGGCCCGAUGUCCACAGGUGGGGGUUGUGCUUAUAGCCCAACACCGUGCAGGACGUUUGGCAUUUGCCAGAGAACAUCAAGAUUGGUAAAUUCGCCACUGGCGCCCUGUGCUCUUCACAGAUGAAAGCAGGUUCACACUGAGCACAUGUGACAGACGUGACAGAGUCUGGAGACGCCGUGGAGAACGUUCUGCUGCCUGCAACAUCCUCCAGCAUGACCGGUUUGGCGGUGGGUCAGUCAUGGUGUGGGGUGGCAUUUCUUUGGGGGGCCGCACAGCCCUCCAUGUGCUCACCAGAGGUAGCCUGACUGCCAUUAGGUACCGAGAUGAGAUCCUCAGACCCCUUGUGAGACCAUAUGCUGGUGCGGUUGGCCCUGGGUUCCUCCUAAUGCAAGACAAUGCUAGACCUCAUGUGGCUGGAGUGUGUCAGCAGUUCCUGCAAGAGGAAGGCAUUGAUGCUAUGGACUGGUCCGCCCGUUCCCCAGACCUGAAUCCAAUUGAGCACAUCUGGGACAUCAUGUCUCGCUCCAUCCACCAACGCCACGUUGCACCACAGACUGUCCAGGAGUUGGCGGAUGCUUUAGUCCAGGUCUGGGAGGAGAUCCCUCAGGAGACCAUCCGCCAACUCAUCAGGAGCAUGCCCAGGCAUUGUAGGGAGUUCAUACAGGCACGUGGAGGCCACACACACUACUGAGCCUCAUCUUGACUUGUUUUAAGGACAUUACAUCAAAGUUGGAUCAGCCUUUAGUGUGGUUUUCCACUUUAAUUUUGAGGGUGACUCCAAAUCCAGACCUCCAUGGGUUGAUACAUUUGAUUUCCAUUGAUAAUUUUUGUGUGAUUUUGUUGACAGCACAUUCAACUAUGUAAAGAAAAAAAGUAUUUAAUAAGAUUAUUUCAUUCAUUCAGAUCUAGGAUGUGUUAUUUUAGUGUUCCCUUUAUUUUUUUGAGCAGUGUAUUUCAUUUUCACAUGAUAUUCUGUUCAGAGAUUACGGCAACGUAUGCAUUCAUCCUAGAUCUCAUUCUUAUUGUACUUUGUUAACGCAAUAGUGUGGCUGUCCUUGCUAAUGGCCACGGAUGACUCUUACAGCAGGAUGAGUACCACAUGGUCCACCUGGUGUGUGCAUCACACACCCCUCCUGGGUCCCCCAAGCUCCUCAGCAGCCACAGUAACAAGGCCCCUGGAGUCCCCUCUACUAGCUCCACGGUGAGUUACCGGUAUGCAUGCAACACCCACCGUACUGCUCCAUUUAUUGCCACUCAUUUCAUCAUCCCAGCACACCUAGAGCUAGCCUGCGUGCCAGUCUGUUUGUGCUAUCAUGCCAAAAUGAGAAUGAGCUAAAGAGUUGACAUGAGCACAAACAGACCUGGAACAAGGCUAUCCUAGGUCUACUCUAUAUUGUAAUCCACACAGCUCCUGAUGAAUGAAAUGUUUGUGGUCAGUCAACUUUAAGUGGAGUCAGAGAAGUAAAAUAAUCAAAACGUAUUUGUCUGUUUUCUCAGAUGGGUCAGAGCCCCAGUGUCCCUUCCCCUAGCCAAGAUGGCCAAUCAACCUCCAUUGGAGAGAGCUCUGACGGGCUGAGACAUCGUACAGGCCCCGCCCCUAACCAUGCAGCACACCCUGCCUUUAUGCAAGGGUAAGCCCUUAUACACCAGCACGGUUAGUUCUGGACACACGUUAUGAUUGGCCAAGAAGUGUACUACUGUUGAGAGCUCUCACUUUCUAAUAGAUUUCUGUGUGUUUGUAUGUGUUAAUGAGCUUGUUGUCUACUGGUAAUGCCCAAACUCCUUACCCCGUAACUGUGUACUUAUCUUGCAGCUAUAUGUGGAACCAGUUCCCUCCACAGCAAGGCCCUCCCACCAACAUGCCAGCCUACCCUGGCAUACAGUACAAUCCCAUGACACUGCUGUGGUGGCAGCAGGUGUACACCCAGCAAUACUACAUGCACUAGUAAGUCUGCUGUCUCCCAAUAACUGUGUGACAAUAUGCUCAAUUACCCAUGCUGUGUCAUGCAAUCAUUGAGAUUCAAUCACAAUAAUCUCAAUUUCAGAUGAUCUCUAUAUAAAACUAACUUAAGUGAAUGAGGUGAAUGAGUUACCUGACGCAUGAAAAAAGUCAAGACCAUGCUGAUGGAAAGAGGAAGUGUCGGUACAAUUUCAUAAUUGUUGACAGAAAAUGUGUUUGUUCGACAUGGUCAAAAGUCAAGACCAUGCUGAUGGAAAGAGGAAGUGUCGGUACAAUUUCAUAAUUGUUGACAGAAAAUGUGUUUGUUCGACAUGGUGGGAUCUUUUUGCUUUGUGAAAAUGAAUAGUGUGAUAAAUGGUGGUGGAAACACCUUCAUACACAAAUAUUGUUUUUAUGUGGAUUUUAGCGUAUUCACAUUCUCUCGACAGUUAGAUGGAAACCUAGCUACUGAUCCAGUUUAUGUUUACAUCCAUUUCUCACUCCUUUCUCUGUCUGUCUCUCUCCCUCGCCCUUCAGUCAGAUGUUGGCUGCCUCAUCUCACCAUCUCAGGCCUGACCUGCUCUCGGCCCAGCCUGGCCAAUCAGAUCAUCUGAACCCGCCUCCCCCGGAGGAGCACCGUGGCGAUCCCGACAUCCAAUUGAACGCCCAGGGAGCAGAGGCACUGCUGAACGAGGAGGAGCAGAACCGUGAUUGGCUGGACUGGGUGUACACUGUGUCACGCACCGCCAUCUUGCUCAGCAUAGUCUACUUUUACUCAUCGUUUAGCCGCUUUGUCAUGGUGAUGGGCGCCAUGUUGCUGCUAUACCUGUGAGUAUUCCCCUGCACCCUGUCAAAUGAAUACUACGUGUCCCUCUUAGAGGUGACAUACUAGACUGGCCCCAGAGCUCUCUGUAUGUGCUGUCUUGCCAAUAUACAUAGAGAUAGCUAUACAGCUCUGGGACCAGGAUCUUUCCAUGACAGACUGACCAAGUGAAUCCAGGUGAAAGCUAUGAUCCCUUAUUGAUGUCACCUGUUAAAUCCACUUCAAUCAGUGUAGAUGAAUGGGGGGAGACAGGUAAAAAAAUGAUUUUUAAGCCUUGAGACAAUUGAGACAUGGAUUAUGUAUGUGUGCCAUUCAUAGGGUGAAUGGGCAAGACAAAAAAUCGAAGUGCCUUUGAAUGGGGUAUGGUAGUAGGUGCCAGGCGCACCAAUUUUGUCAAGAACUGCAACGCUGCUGGGUUUUUCAUGCACAACAGUUUCCAGAGUGUAUCAAGAAUGUUCCACCACCCAAAGGACAUCCAGCCAAUUUGACACAACUGUGGGAAGCAUUGGAGUCAACAUGGGCCAGCAUCCCUGUGGAACGCUUUUGACACCUUGUAGAGUCCAUGCCCCGAUUAAUUGAGACUGUUCUGAGGGCAAAAGGGGGGGGUGCAACUCAAUAUUAGCAAGGUGUUCCAAAUGUUUGGUAUACUCAGUGUAUUUGUACAAAUUGUGUAAAUGGAAAGUGAGAUUGUUCUGAAUCCUUUCUAUUAAACCUAUACCUUUUUAUCCGGGUCUUCUUGGGUCUUUGACCCAACAAAUGUGUUGUGAACGGUCACCCAUUAUGUAUCACAGGGUUUGUUAUUGGCUGUUUCUCUGUGUUUACGUUAGGCACCAAGCAGGGUGGUUCCCCUUUAACCUGGAGAAUGAACUUCAGAACCCUGGGGACGGGCCCCACCAGGACGAGAUGGAGGCCGACCUUCAUCAUGACCUCCAAGAGACGGUAGGUAAUCUGUAACCUCUGAUCUUUAACCUCUAGUUUAAGUGCUUCUGAAUGUCAGGACAGAUAACUCCUUCAAUUAUACAGUAAUUUAAUUUGCAAUAGCAGUGAUGCAUGAUUUAUGUAAUGCUUGUCUGGUAACAUAAUAUGGUAUUGCUAUGGUAAAUGAUUACAAUUGUAAGAGGGGAAAAAAAUCUAUCCAGUUUUACAGUUUCUGUGCAAUGGCUAAUUUCCAUGUUGCCAUGUUUGACCUACACAGGAGUGGGUGAUGGAUGAAGGCUUAGGGGAAGACGAUGGGGACAGUGGAGAGGAAGGACCGGAGGAUCCCAAUGGUAUUCCCCAUGCUGGCUUCCUCUCCACAACCUGGGCUUUUAUUGUCACGUUCUUCAUGUCUCUUAUACCUGAGGGGCCGCCCAAUGCUGCCAACUGAGCCAAUGAGCCAUGGGAGUCAGAACGGCACUACUGACUGGACUGAAUACACUCUCUUAGUAUGCCCAGCGAGUUCACCCCUAUGUCUACACAUUGUACAUCUACCGGAUCACCGGGCACUACAGAAGAACUAAGUGGUCACUCAGCCACGCAGACAAAAAAGGCUUUGAACUGGUUUUGAAGUGAACAACAAAAUGACACUUUGCGGAAAAAGAACAUCAUUUGAAACGUUCAAAAUCAUGAGAUCUAAAUAUUCUUCAGAACAAUCUUCUCGGAUCUAAAUGAUCUAAAUAUUCUUCAGAAAAAUCUUCUCAGUCGUUGUAGAAUAGGAAAGUAUGACUUGUAAGUUGUUAUAAGAAGACAGAGAACAUUGACCCCUGUAAUAUUAUCUGUUUAAUACCAUGAGAAUUAGCCCUAUUUCUGUGUGAAAGAAUGAUCAAGUAUGUAGUGUCUGUAUAGUUGCAAUAUUUGUUAAACUGUAUAAUCAGUGUAAUAUUGUAUUUAAUAUAAACUUGUAGGACUGGCUUGGUUCAAGCAAUCUGUUUUAAAGUACCCUAAAUCCUAUUUGUUGUGUUGUAUUUGGCGCUUAAUGUGAACAUCGGUUAAAACGUAACCUUGGGGUUUGAAUC